GAACCUCGAACGAAACUCGAUCAAGCUUCUCGAAGGUCUUCGUUCUUCAUUCAGUCUCCUUCGAGUUUUCAACGAAAUUCAUCGAGAAAAUUGUCCGAUACAGUAUCGCGAAAUCUCGAUGGAGGACGAAUUUGAUCAUAGUCCAGUGAUUCGAAAGUCGGAUACAGCUGUGUACCGGUGGUAAUUCUGUGUCAACUCGUCAACGCGUUUCCGAAGGUUCGAUGAGGUUAAAUAAACCAACAGUGCGUUAAAUCGAUUUACUUUUGUGACAGUAGGUGUAAAUUCUUCGAAAAUCAUGUAGAGACCAAGAAGGAUAAGAGCGUUAAUAGUCGGAGUAUGUAAUUAAAGUCGCGUUAAGCCGAUAUUUCAGGUUCUAAAACGGAAAUUUGAGUGAAACGUCUAGCCGUAAUAAGGACACGACUGUCCGUGAGUGACAUCAACCCGCAUAAGCGAGAUACGAUGUCGAAACGUUGGUAAGCUUAACGAUUCGAAAGCCGAAAAGCGCGAGAAAGUCAGGGGAAAAAGUCGAAAAUCGAGGGAGAGAUCGCGAGAAAGGCGGAAAAGAAGGUGAGACGUACCACGUUGGCCGAAAAAGCUGACUCGUUCUUGUUCACAAACACGAAAACACACCGGACUUAGCAGCGGCCAAGUAGGUCAACCGGCGUGCGCGAGAGUGCGAGACCGAAUCAAACGGACGAAGAAGAGGAAGAAGAAAAAAAAGAAAGAAAAGUAUCGACGGGAGAAAGAUUGGACGAGGGAAGGAAGGAAAGAAUGGCGAGACGAGGGCAUUCGAGUUUUCACGAUGCUCGACGUUUUUACUCGGCAUAGGUUCGCGAUCCAAAAUGGCGGCGAUCGGCUGGUACCGUGGCACGAUUUACAACGAUAAAGACUGGUCCAACCACCACCAGAGCCGCUAAAGAACUUCUUUCGAGUGUUCUUUACAAUUAGCCUGACCUUGAUCAGGAGGUGCAAACACCGUUCGACCACAACGUUCAAGGAUACCAGGAUGCCAGAACUCGGGGGGUCGAAGGUCCUCGUGAUCUUGUCGCUGUUAGUUCUUCUAGGUGUAUCGGCUAUCCAGAACGAUCGAACGUCCUCUCGUUCCUCUCAAGAAGACAUAAUUCUUAGCGCCAGCUCGUACACGGGUCCGGAAAGGACGUCCAGCGUAUCUCACCGUGAUGAAUCGCCUAUUUUCCAAAGAACCGUUCCAGCGUUUCAACUGGAAAGCUCGAAAAGUAUCAAUAGCUACGACAAAGAUGAGAUCAGAUUCGAAGAAAGAAAUACGAGGCACGACAUAUCCAUCGACGAGCUAACGUCAUCGAAGCACGUCGAUCACAUAGACGGGAACAACAUCGAAGUGAAACCUGGCGAAUAUUAUCAUAUAACACCGACAACGAGCGAAUCCGUGUCGGGGGAAGGACUAGGGGCUCCGCAGGGACCAAAACUCUUGUCGGAGCCCCACCAAUUGGCUGGAGUGUCAAACCAACAGGCACAUUACUUGCAAGCAAUGGAUCAACAAAGACGAGCUCGCCAAGAGAUCCCCAGGAUCUAUAGCGAGCACGCUCCACCGCCUAUCCUGCAGACCGCUUCGCCAGGACAUCGACAAGCGAAUCCUGAUAUACAGGACAUCAUCACGGGUAUCGUCAAACUGCUGAAUGGAAACGUGAACGUCGCCGCUAACACGGUCAGGCCUCUCAGACCGAUUCAAGCUACCAGGAUCAACAAUAGGGGGCCUCCAAGAAUUUCUGACGUACCUCCGUUACCACCGGAUUUCGAUACACCUGGAAUGAAUCCUCCUCCUCCACCGGAUCAUCCUUAUCCCUUUGAGAAACCACCAGCUCCCGAUAGACCGUUGAUCAACCAAUUGCCGCCAGAAAGACCAAUUAGACCGUUUGUGAACGGUGUUCCAUUGCCGGAACAAAUCGUACCGCAAGGAAAUCGUCCCUGGACUUGGAAUCGACCUGGUUCAAACAGAAGACCAAUACCUCCGUACAAACCGCUGCCUCCAUCGUCAGAAUCCGUUUUCAAUCAGGAGAAAGAACAAGAAGACAAAAACACGAAACCCGACGUUCCAUCGACGGAGGAACCUUCGACAAAGAAAGAUCAAAGUGAAACCACCCCGCACAUUUCCGAGAACGCAACCAAGAAUCAUCAGGAAGGUGAUAAUCAAAAGACGAAAAUUGAUGCGAAGACCACGGAGAAACCAGUUACCGCGAAUAUUACGAAAAAUCCUGAAUCAGGAAGUUCCACGAAAAAGGAGAACAAACAUCAAUCUCCGUCUAAAGAGAAUAAAGUGAAUCAUAAUGCGUCGACAACGGAAUCGAACAAUGUGAAAAAAAUAAGUAACACGAAACAGGAAGAUUCACCGAAGCCCGUGAUACCGCUAGAAGUUUCAUUGAAACCUACGAAAUCCAUAAAAAUCACCGAUACCCAGAGACCCAAUUCCAGUAUAAACAACGAAAAAUCCAUCAACAAAUCGAGCAUGUCCAAGACCCCGAUAAAAUCCUAUUCUACGUCCACGUUGAAUAUCGAGACCAGCUCGUCAGUCCAUGUAAUCGAACCUACGACCACAAAAACAGUCGUUCAAUCGACCGCAAUCUCCGAGAAUAAUAGUGCAAGUUAUACAUCAAUUGCGCCUAGUACAGUGGCUUUAGAACCGAGCAAAUCGUCCGAUUUUGAAAGUACGAUGACUGUAUCGAAUGUGCCAACGCCGACAGACAGUUUACCAUCGAUUUUUACGAAAAGUUCGUCGACUCUGGAUAAAAGUGUAGUUCAUACGACGGCAUCGAAUACGUUCACAAAAAAUUCAGCCCCGGCGGAUCGCUAUGCUUAUCGACCCAGACCUGGGAUAGUCCUUGACGAUACCUUGGAUUACACGGGCACCCAAGGAUUGGCUACUCAACGACCUUACGCACCACCGAGACAUCCACCUCUCGGUGAUAUUUUUGAUGUCACGGUCUCGGCUAUUCAAGGACCCGGUGGUGGGACUUCUGGGGAAGGCGUGAGAGUACCGGUAAAUGCGGGAAAUGCGGACGUGAUUCUCACAUCGGCGGUCGAGGGUCAAGGAUUCGUCAGCAUCGACGGGAAAAGAACAUACUUGAACCUAUUCGAGAAUACAGAUCGAACCUCGACGCACGUGCAAACUCAGCCUCAGCCGACCAGAACGCAAUCACCGGCCGUUGUUGGCACAGGGUUUGCAGUGCCACAACCUGAUCCUCCUACAGCGACUCCAAGGCCGAGUGGUCCAAUACGAAGGCCUACGUUCCACAGAAGACCCACUCAACCACCCGUUAGGAUAGACACGUGUAUCGUGGGUGACACCAGCACUUGCGACAUUAGUCAACACGAGGCGUGUGCAACUGUUCAAGGAGUGUCUGCGUGUCAUUGUAAGCCAGGAUAUGCCAGGCUUCAACAUUCGUUACCGUGUAAAAAAAUCAUUAGCAUCAUGGUGUCGAUGAGAGUGGAUAAAAUUUAUGACAGGAAAGUUGUCUGGGACCGAGGAUUUACGGACAAAGACUCUGAACCUUACCAGACUUUGGCCUAUGAAGCAAAUCGAGCUAUCGAAUCUGCCAUGUCGAUGACACCGUUUUCGGACGAAUACAUGGGAUCCUUGAUCAACGGCGUGUAUCAAGGGGAUAUAAGCCAAGGUCAAGGGGGUGUCUUUGUUAACGCAACCCUGAAGCUCACUUACGAACCGAGAACAAUAAGACCAAGUUUAGCAGGGGAGUUGCAGAGACAUCUGCUCGGUGUUAUUCAUAGAAGGAGCAAUAAUAUAGGAAACAGUGCUCUCUACGUCGAUAGUCCUGCUGGAUCUAUAUCGAACUUACAAGACUUGGACGAGUGUGCUUCGUCGGAAUUGAACGACUGCCAUUCCUCGGCAAUUUGCACCAACAAUUGGGGAGGAUUUACUUGUACUUGCAAUCCAGGAUUAAAGGAUCCUCACAAGGAUGAUCCUAACGAAUCUGGUAGGACUUGUAUCUCGUGUCCUUCGACUUAUUGCAACAAUCGAGGCUCUUGUUCUUACCAGGGCGAUCAUAUGCAGUGCACGUGCACUGGUAAUUACUAUGGUGCUCAAUGCGAAGUAGAUGGGGAGGUUCUGGGAGUAGCGAUAGGAGCCUCCGUAGCAGCUUUAAUCAUUAUAGUCUUGACAUUAGUCUGUCUGGUCAUGUGGAGCCGUCGGUGGUCUCGUGAACAGAAAUCGGUCGGCUCUCCGGUGUACGGUUACAUUCAGGGAGGUAUCCCUGGAACGCUUCCAGGAACUUUGGCGAGGGUAGGUUCUGUGGGAACUCUCGCUUCCGUAAAACAAGGACCACCGACUAACUUGCCACCCUACAUGUGGGCACAUUUUGGUGACCAUAUGGCGACUGCUAACGUAUAUGCUACGGAACCCAUGGGACCAACGCGGCCGAGUUCCGCCGUGUUUGGGUACCCACCACUCAACGUUCAUGGAACGUUACCACCGGUGCCUUUGCCAAGACUUCAAGCACCACCAAGACCACGACAAAGACACCAACCUGAUCCCGACAGCUCGGACUCCGAGCCACAGGAUAAGGACAGAGCCGAUCUGAUUCCGCAGCACAGUGCUUUUCACGUUCCCAGGCCGCGAUCUAGAUCAUCUUUGGCGAAUCAAAGCGGGAUUUACAAUGACGUGGAGUACGACCAAGGUGACGUGCACCAUUUAUCGAAAAACAAUAUUCCGAUGUCUACUUACAGGCCGUAUUAUCGAACGUGAAACGUGUAAAAAAAACUAACUGUACCGUUUAGAAUGACAGAAUUGUUAGCAAAAAGAACGAUAGCGAGAAAAACUGAAGAGAGAAUGAGUUCAUUUUACUUUAUUCGAAGCUGUGAGUGCUGUCAAUUGUUUAAAUAAAUCUAGAUAUUUAUAGUAUUAACAUAUCGAAUAAAAAAAAAACAAAUUGAAAAACAACGAAAUUAAUGCACCUGUGUACGUUGUACGUUCAUACUGCAGUCUUUACGAAAAUAUUAUUUUCUCUGUUCAUAGUUAUUCAAGUCGACGUAAGGUAUCAGCAUUACUAAUAAUUCCUAGUUACUUACUUGUUACUAUAUGAAUAUUUAUUAUCCUAACGUUACCCUCGAUAUAACAUCUUGCAAAAAUACCAAGGCUGGUUUAUACGAACCUAGUGAAACGAAAGGUGCAUAUCGAACGACUAGUACUGAAGCAAUCGCUCUUUUUUAUUACUUUACCUUUAAUCGUCGAUAAUUAUUUAUAUCUCACAGAUUAGAGAUAAGCAUCCACUAAAGGUGGCCGCAACUUAACGUUACUACUUUGUUAAAUCGUGUGUUAUCUUACCAUCGUCGUUUCUACGAUACUUAUCGCUGAACCGAUAAGCGAUAUACCAUGUAACGUAAGUUACGUUACAUUGAAAAAAAAAUGAAAGAAAAAUGUAAUAACGUAGCAUUCGUAGUUCCCUUUGGAAACAGAGCGAACGCAAGGAUCAAAAGAGCAAUAUAAAAUUUUAAUGAUAAGAAUAAUACUCGAUAAUGCGCAAGAGAGUGACAUUCUAGGGUGUCGAAUACCAUCAUUCACUUAUGUAACUUUUCUGUAAUUAUACAUUAUAUAUUUUUGCAAAUUGAAUACAAUAUACAUUUGAAAAUCCAUGCGCGUCGUCGCUUUCUCCUUGAAAAUUCUCCGAUGCCUAAAGGUACAAUAUCUCAACAGUGUUCUAAUCGGAUCAUCGAAAGUACGCUGGAAAAUACUGUGCGCAUAAUGAGCAAAAACGUUAAAACCCUUGUAUCGUUAUCAACAAACAGUUAGCUUCGUUAAGCGAAACACGUCGAACAGAGAUUAGAAAAAAUCGAUUGUGCUGAAAAUAAGAAAGGAGGUAGUGUAUCGGGGGGGAAUAAAAACGGUUCGUCAACGAG